GGCCGGCCCGCGCCGCCACCUCUCAGUCCCGACCCGCCGCUCGUGCGCCCUAGGAGCCUGCCUUGCGAGCGCGACCCGCGCCCACUGACUCCCUCCAGCAGCCGCCGUCAGGCCGAGCCCCAGCUCCGGAGCAGCCGCUGCCGCUGACGUGACAUGGUCCUCUGCGUUCAGGGACCUUGUCCUUUGCUCGCUGUGGAGCAGAUCGGGCAGCGGCCCCUGUGGCCCGAGUCCCUGGAGCUGCCCGAACCAGCUAUGCAGCCUUUACCUGCUGGCGCCUUCCUGGAGGAAGAAGCAGAGGAGUCCCCAGCCCAGCCAGAGGGUGAGCCCAAGGUGCUGGACCCCGAAGAAGAUCUGCUGUGCAUAGCCAAGACCUUCUCGUACCUUCGGGAAUCUGGCUGGUACUGGGGUUCCAUUACGGCCAGUGAGGCCCGGCAACACCUGCAGAAGAUGCCAGAGGGCACAUUCCUAGUACGUGACAGCACCCACCCCAGCUACCUGUUCACAUUGUCGGUCAAAACCACCCGUGGCCCCACCAACGUGCGCAUUGAGUACGCCGACUCCAGCUUCCGCCUGGACUCCAACUGCCUGUCCAGGCCGCGCAUCCUGGCCUUCCCAGAUGUGGUCAGCCUUGUGCAGCACUAUGUGGCCUCCUGUGCUGCAGAUACCCGAAGUGACAGUCCUGACCUUGCAACCACCCAAGCCCCGCCUACCCCUAAGGAAGAUGCACCUGGAGACCCAGCACUGCCUGCUACUGCUGUACACCUAAAACUGGUGCAGCCCUUUGUGCACAAAAGCAGCACCCGAAGCCUGCAGCACCUGUGCCGCCUCGUCAUCAACCGUCUGGUGGCCGAUGUGGACUGCCUGCCACUACCCCGGCGCAUGGCUGACUACCUCCGACAGUACCCCUUCCAGCUCUGACCCAGCCAAGCAACCGCCUAGCCUCACCCAGCCAGACCCUGGAGGGGACACCGGCUCCAGCUGGACUUGGGCUCCCACUAUCCCUCCUCCAGUCAUCCUGGUGCCACAUGCAUCUGGCAGCUGGACCAGGAAGGGUCUGCAGGAACAAGGCUGGGGGUGAGGGGUAGGGAGGAGUGUCACACGACUUGGAGGUCAGCGCCCCCAGCUCCCAUGUGGCUCCAUUGUGGUGGGCCAUGUGACAGAAGAGGGGACUGGCAGGACCUCGUCUCACCCUGUGGGCUGGGCCCAGGCCCCAACUCACCUGCUGUGGCCUCCUGAACUGCGUAGACUUGGCCGGCCCUGGUUUCUCAGUCCACAGGGUGGGGCAGGCCCCCUCCUUUCAGCCAGCCUCUGUCUCAGGGGGGAUGGCAGCCAGAGGAACUGAGGUUGACACUGACAGUCCCCUUCUGCGGGAGCAGGCCAGGCUGGGGGACGGCACAGUUAUAUAGUAUUUAUUUAUUUAUUCUCCUUGGGUUGGAGAGCCAACCCCACCUCUCUGCCUGAGCCCUAAGUGCUCCAGAGACCCCAGCCCUGCCUCAGCUUCUCUGGUUCCUCCCGGCCGAGAGCCUCUUCCUGAGAUGUGUUGCUGGACCCAAGGCAGUCCUGGGUGUCCUGGCGCUGACCCACCCACCUGUGAAGGUGUCCACCCUCUUUUGCCUCCAGCCCUGUUUUGGGAGGAUGGGUGAAUAAACAAGAAAAGAGAGCCAAAGUGUUAGCGCCUUGCAGAGCCUGCUACUCACCCCCUUGCAGGGCAGAGCCCUGUCUGCACAGAGCUGGUCUCGCUGGGGCACAGGCCCUGCAUGAGUGUGGGUGCCGUGUCAGGGAGGGGCAUGGUAGUUUGAGGACUGCCACUCCACCUCUGCUGGGUCUGCUUCCUGCCCAGGAAGGUGCCUGCACAUGAAAGAGGGAAAGAAAAUACAUAUCUGAUAAGACUUUAUAAAAUAAUUAUUUCUAAAAAAAAAAAAAACCCACAGUUUGGUAGUCAUUUUUUUUUCACUGAUUUUUCUGUAAUGACAAUAAAAUUGUACCUUUCAUUUA